UAGAGGGCGGAGCAACAGGCCGCUGCUGUCUCCAUAGCUCAGUUGCAAGCACUGAAGCUCAAGAGGAGUUGGGGAGUGGAGGAACUGAACACCAGCCGCCGCGGGAGUAGGAGCAGGAGCGCGACCCUGACAGAGUCAUGUUGCUGGAACUUGUCCUGGCUUCCGUGCUAGGCUUUGCCAUCUACUGGUUUGUCUCCCGGGACAAGGAGGAGACCUUACCACUUGAAGAUGGGUGGUGGGGCCCAGGGUCAAAGCCAUCAGCCAAAGAAGAUGAGAGCAUCCGGCCCUUCAAAGUGGAAACAUCGGAUGAGGAGAUCAAGGACUUACACCAGAGGAUAGAUAGGUUCCGGGCAUCCCCACCUUUGGAGGGCAGCCGCUUCCACUAUGGCUUCAACUCCAACUACCUGAAGAAAGUGGUGUCCUACUGGAGGAACGAGUUUGACUGGAAGAAGCAGGUGGAGCUCCUCAACAAGUAUCCUCACUUCAAGACCAAGAUUGAAGGCUGUGCUCUGAAUGACUCUCCCGUGGGCCUGGCUGCCUACAUCUUAGAGAAGUUCUCCACCUGGACCAACCCAGAAUACCGUGAACUGGAGGAUGGAGGCCUAGAGAGGAAGUUCUCCCUGGAAGAUCUGCUGGCUACCAUGAUGAGCUACUGGACAAGAGAAACCAUCAUCUCUUCCAGGCAUUUGGAGGACAACAUGGGCCAGGGCAUCAUGAAAAAGUGGAUGAAGGUCAAGUACCCCGAACUCAUCUCCUAUUCCUACAUGGGACAUGGGGACCACUCUGCUGCCUCUGAAGAGCCCAAGCUUCUGGCCCAGGACAUUCGCAAGUCUGUAUCACUGGCCAGUGACGUCCUCAGGGAUCAACUGCAGCCUCUGCAGCCCUGCCUCCUUCUCAGUCUCCCUGAAGUGAGACGCUGCAGUUCUAAGGAGUAA